AUGACGGCGCCAACACCGGCAACGGGUGGUUGGGAGAUUCGAUCGUGGUACCUCUACUACGUCGGCUCCAACGGCCUCGCCCUUUUCAACUUUGGCCCAACGGCCAUGCAGAAUCUUCUCCAGCAGGCGGCCAACGCCGAGUCAGGGUCGCUUGCGUUUGCCGGCCGGAGGCGCGACGUAAACAGCAUCGUGCUUUUGGCCAACGGCAUGUCCUUUGCCCUCCAGGCGGUCCUGUUCCUCGUCAUCGGCGCCUAUGCGGAUUUUGGCACAUGCCGCUCCAACGUGCUGCUAUUUUGGUCCGUCGUCGCCUAUGCAACGGGCUUCGCCUGGCUCGCCGUCCACGAGCCCGCGAGGUGGAGGGUCGGCGUGGGUCUCUACAUCGUCGGCCUGGUCGCCUACCAGAUGACGCUGACGUACUGGACGGCUGCAUUUCCCUCGCUCGCGCGCAACACUGCUCACAUCCGGGAGUCGCGCCUCGAGUUUGAGAGCGGCGCCAUCGCCAUGUCGGAACUCGACCGCCGCGACGAGAAGGAGCGCAGCCGGCUCAGCAACGUUGCCUUUUGGGCCCAGUCGAUCGGCGAGGUCGUCAUGCUCGCCGCCGCCGUCGCCAUCAUGUUCAGCCUCGCCGUCGACGAUAGCACGGCCAACAACAACUGGGGACUCUCGGUACUCAUCGCCUUCGCCACCGCCUGCUGGCUCCUCCUCUCCAUGUCCUGGUUCGCGCUCGAGAAGAAGCGGCCGGGGAGAGAGAUCCCCCAAGGGCAAAGCCUCGCCACCGUCGGCUUCUGGCAGCUCCGCGAGGCCGCCACCCAGAUCUGGCAGCUCAAGCAGAGCCUCAUCUACCUGACCGGCUACUUCCUACUCAGCGACUCGCUCAACACGUCGGUGACGGUCAUCGCGACGCUACAGAACGAAAUGGUCAGCUAUAACACGCUGACGCUGACGUACCUGCUCCUCGUUGGCCUCGUCGCCCAGGCGGUCGGCAUCGGCACCUUCUGGCUCGUCCAGCAGCGUCUCGGCCUCGGCGCAAAGACCAUGUUCAACGCCGUCAUGGCCGCCAUCGUCAUUAUCGACGCGUGGGGUAUGGUGGGCAACUGGACCCGUCGCUUUGGCUUCCACAACGUCUGGGAGAUAUGGCUGUACCAGGCCUUUUACGGCCUCCUCGUGUGCCCCUGGUACAGCUACUCGCAGAUAAUCAUCAGCUCCGUGACGCCCAAAGGCCACGAGUUUCUCUUCUUCAGCCUCUUCAACAUUGUGGGAAAGUCGUCCAGUUUCAUCGGACCUAUCGUGGGCAGCGCGAUGGUGGACCUGUCACCUGGCGGCAGCAACAAGAGUGCGCCUUUUUACUUCCUCUUCGCUCUCAGCCUCAUCAGCGCGGUAGGUAUUUGGAUCUUCCUGGAUCUCGAGAGCAGCGCGAGGGAGCAGGAUCUGUUCUUGUAUAGGGAGCAUUCACACGCCGCAGGAGCGGGAGACGACGGGAAGUCUGCCGUGGCGGUGGCGAAGGAAUGA